CCAAAAAUCUAUAAAAAUCUAAAAAUUAUCAGUAACGCGGCACAGCGCUGAAAAUGCAGGCCCAUCAUGCCAUGCCGGACUUUCGCUGCCGCAACAAUUGCCAGCACAAGGAGUGCCAGCGGCAUGCCCCACUGGGCAUCAUCGAUCAGCACACGCAAUGCAAGUGCUUGGGCGAGGUGAAUGCCUCCUCAAUAUUCCUGGAGAAUGUCUUGGAUCUGGCCAACACGCUCGCACAGAUCAUGAUCACGUGCGGACUGCACGAGUGCAAGGCCAAGUCGACGGUGGACAUUAUUACGUAUGCAUUCCUGCACUACGAUCAGGUGUGCUACUGCAUCGAUACGACGCCCAAGAAGCGACUGAGGAAGGAGGAUCUGUUCCACGAGCUGGGCAAAAAGUCGCUAAUGAACAAGGUGGAGGCACAUCUGGCCUAUGCCAUUAUCAAGCGGGGCUUCAAGGCCUUCUACUACGAGCCCAAGGCGGAGCUGACAUACGAUGAGCAGGGCAGACCCUCCUAUAACGACGAGUGCGUGUGGGUGCAUGCCGCGCGAAAGUCUGCCGAGAGCUAUGCCCGCUUUGAUGGGCUGUCCUGCAGCGAGCAACUGGCCUACGAGGCCAAGAUAAAGAUUGCCUACAAAAAAUUCUACGAUCGCAUGCAGACGCGCAAGCGGCAGCCCGAGGGUGACGAUUGCAAUUGCUGUUUCUGUGCCAAGAAGCGGGGACAUUUGGUGUAUGCCAAGGAGCCAGCGCCCUGCAGCACCAAGAAGAAGCCCAAACACGUCUGCCCCUACUGCUGCAAGAAGAAGCAAAAGAGCUCGUACGUCCAUCCAGCGCGACAGCCCGCCAAGUGCCCCAAGUGCCACAAGUCGCGCAAGUUCUGUUGCUGCACGAAGCUCGACUUUAAUCUUCAGUGGGUGCGCAGCAUUUGGGAGCGACCUGACUUCAAUCAGUACUACAAGAACGAAAUUGCCGAGAUUGAGGAUCGCCUGGUCAAGGGCUCGUGCUGGCUGCCGCCAGAGCCGCUGGCCGACCAGCUCGACGGCGAGGAAGGUGAAGAGGAGGACGCUGGCCAUGCCAUACCACCCGAUACGCUGCUAGCUCUGGGCGGGAAGACUGCCGCCAUUCCUGAGGCUCCAGAGGCUGUUGCUGAGAGGGCCUCAGACAUGGCCAAUGACGUGGCAGAGGAGUAGCUCCCAGUGAAUUAUUUGCUAACCGCAUUCUAAAUUGAAUGGAAAACUAUCUACAAAACAUUUUAAGCUCUAAAUUAACUGUAAAAUACAAUGGAAAAUGCACAGAAA